UCUCUCGCUGCCCCUCUUUACUCUUUGACCAGCAGCUGUCAGUGGACGGAGCGUCACGACGGAGUCUUUGUGAAAGGACACGCUGAAAAUGCAGCUGAAGAACGGUCUGUCCACUUUACCGCAAACUCGGAUGCACGAUACGCUUCUAGGUGUCGGGCGUUAAAGUGUAGCCGACACGCAGCGACUCUCCCCCGGGCGUCCUCAGCCUCCGGAGCUCCGUCGGCUCCCCUCCGCUCCUCGGCGUCCAGAGACUGAACUAGUCCGGACAUGAGCAACGUUAAUCUUAUUUUUUGGGACCAGUUGCAGGCUGGCAGCUCCGAGGUGGACUGGUGUGAAGGCAAUUACCUAAUUUACCCCAGCAUCGCUGAGUUUUACAACACGAUCAGCAACAUUUUGUUUUUUGUUUUGCCACCGAUAUUAAUGUGCUUGUUCCGCCAAUAUGCAACACAUUUCAACAGUGGGAUUUACCUCAUAUGGAUUCUACUAGUGGUGGUUGGUAUCGGGUCAACCUAUUUCCAUGCCACCCUCAGCUUCCUCGGCCAGAUGUUGGAUGAACUGGCCAUUCUCUGGGUGCUCAUGUGUGCCAUCGCCAUGUGGUUUCCCAAGAGAUACCUACCAAGGAUGUUCAGGAGGGAUCGGUCGAGGUUCAAAGUGGUCAUUGGCAUCUUGUCUGGGAUCACCACUGGGCUGGCCUUCGUCAAGCCUGUCGUCAACUCACUGUCACUCAUGACUCUGGGCAUCCCCUGCACCGCGCUGCUCAUUACUGAGCUAAAAAGGUGUGAAAAUCCACGUGUGUUCAAGCUGGGUCUGAUCUCAGGGAUCUGGUGGGCGCUGGCUCUGCUCUGCUGGAUCAGUGACAGGAUAUUCUGCGAAAUGUGGUCAUCAGUCAACUUUCCCUACUUACACUGUGCUUGGCACAUCCUCAUUUGUCUGGCUUCCUACUUGGGUUGUGUUUGCUUCGCCUACUUCGACGUUGCUACCGAGGCCCCGGAGCGAGGCCCCGUCAUCAUGUUCUGGCCCAACGAGAAGUGGGCCUUCAUCGGUGUGCCGUACGUCUCCUUACUCUGCGUCCACAAGAAGUCUGCCGUCAAGGUGACUUAAGGUCUGCUGCUUCAACUCUUUGAUACCAAGAUACCACCAGCACGUGUGUGAGUCGUGUUGCAUCCACUGGUGCUUUUUGUGACUUGAGGAUGUACGUGAUGCACAGUUUGGCCAACCGCGAGGAUCUACCUUUUCCCUUUUCUCCUGCCCUGGUCUGGUCUUUGUUACACAGCAGUGUUUAUGCAACUAGUCAAAGAAUGAAAGGUGCCACAAAUCUGCCAAAAGAAACACCUGAUUACUCUUUAAAUAGCAUAAUAUCAAAGCCAAGAAACCUUUACAGUGUUCCAAACAUAUCUCAGGCUUAUCAGGAGAGAUCAUGUGCUCUCUUAAAGGACCAGUGUGUCUGAUUUUGGUUCAUCUAGUGGUGAGACUGCAGGUUCCAACCAACUGAAGUCCUUUCUUUUCCCAAACAACUUUCGAUUUUUUCCCAGUGAUUUCUGGGCUACUGUAGAAACAUGUUAGCCUUAACAGAAGAGGCUGAUUCUAAACUGAAAACACAGUGAUUCAAAGUUACGGCUGAUUAUUAUUCACUAAUGAAAACACAAUUUUGAAUACUUUAUUUACAUUUCUGCUAAAUCCUAGAUCCUAAAUCCUGCACACUGGUGCUUAAAAAGGGAAAGUGUUAAUAUUAUGCAUUUGAAACUUCUUUAAAGAGAAGAUUUUGUACAUUUUGUGGUAACUUCUAAAAACCUCAUCAUAAAGCAGUGUCUUGCCUUUACGAGCAUAAAUAUAGCAUCUCAUAGGUGUAGUCUGGCCAUUCUAAAACCAUUUAGAAACAAUAAAGCACUGGAUUAAUUAACUGUGAUGGAUGCGUAAUGCAUUGAAGCUUGAUAUCGCUCAGCCAGUCUUACUACACUCGGUGAGUCCACAGGAAGGUUCAUAAAAUGUAAAAGAAGCGUUACAAGACCUCACAAAACCAUAGGCUGUUGUAUACCUGCCCUCUGCGUUGACAGGAUUUCUAGAUGGACAAUGCCAGAAACAGAUAGGACUUUGUUCUGUUACAGACGUGUUAAGUUUUACUUUCAGCAUGCUACUGUGAUUGUUCAGGAUAAUGUAUGAGAAAUGUGUUUAAUAUAUUCCUGUACAUACUUUAACUAACAAGGUAAUACGCAGUUAUUUUCCUAAGAAUAUCAUUCAUGUGUUACUGAAUGACUCGGUACCUUUUGCUUUUGGCCAAAGCCCAAAUUAAAGAAUAACUGAAUGUGAAAUGAAGAAUUGUUCUCAAAGCCCAACGGCUACAUGCACAGGACAUUUCAGAAAGUGAUAAUUGCACCUUUUUAAUCAAAAAGUUUGCUCGCUAAUGUUCCGCUCUUGAUGCUGAAAGAUUUUUGCUUCCAAUCUUCUUCUUUUUUUUUAACCCAGACAUCUCAACUUGUUAACGGCUCUUCAGGGUUAUUAUUGAGCGUUUUAGACUUUGUGCUCAUGAGAACGGUGCAAAAAGCCUUAAUCGAACAGCGGGGUUGAAAGUUUGUGAUGUGGGUACUGUUUGCUCUAAAAGAUGAAAAACUGCUUUAGUUUCAUUAAGUAGAAAUUCAUUUAGCUUAUAUCAAGUAAAAUACUAGGACAAAUGAGGAUUUAUUACCUUUGAUCUAAAACCAAAACUCUUAUUUAGCAGCAUUUAUUGGAUCAAAAAGAGGAUAUUCUGAUUGUAGAAUGUAAAAGGGACAUAUUCUGGGUGGUGCAAAACAAAACAUUAACCCUAGAAAGAUAAAAAAAAAAAAUCUCCAAAGUUUCUUUUCACCUCAGACCUUUUGUUGGAUGUGUUAUUGAAAACUGCCUCAUGCUGUUAAUAUUAUUUUACUCCUGCAACGACUUCUGGGAACUUUGAAAACAACUUGUGCACAAAUUAAAGGUGAAAUGAAGGAUCACAAUUUAUGAAGAAAACAACUAUUUUACUGAAUUUCUGAAUGGAUAUUUUGAAACGGCAUCAAGUAUUUUGUUAAAUAUUGCACAGUUUCUAUUUUUGUAAGUGAAGUGCACCAAAAUUUGAUGAGUGAAUGAUUUUGAUAUUGUCUUAUUACUGCCUUUUGUAUCGCCAAACAUUCUUGUUUUCAUUAACCUUCAGGACAAACUUUGGGAAGUAUUGAUAAAAGCGAACAAAUCUAAGAAUACUUAUAUUGUGCUGCAAAUCGUAUUGAAUUGUACAGGUGACCCAUGAUGGUGGCUUAUUUUAUGAUGAAGAGAAAAUCUGAAUAUUCAGGACUUGAAAAGAGAGUCAAUGAAUGCACAUCAGAUUGCAGACUUGGUGUGAAUAGAAUAGCCUGUUUAAUGCUCGGCUUUGUGAUGUUUGUCUUGGCAUGAGGUGUGAGUAUGUUAACAACGGCCUAAUGGGUUGUGUCUUUUUAUUGACUUACGUGUACAUAGAGCUCAGUGUUUCUCUGCCUGCAUUGACAAUACAGAUAAACUGCACAGAAAUAUUUAUUUUCAUAAAUUAUCCUGUUUUGUAAACCAAUAUUUGUAAUAGAUUAGAAUAUUAGUAUUUUAUUUUAUGCAAUAAACCAAGCCAAUAUUCCAAAUGA